GGCGGGCCGUUUUCGGGGCCGGAGCGGAGCGGAGCGGAGCGACCGAGGCUGGCGGAAGUCCCUCGGGCUCCGCGCCGGGCCGGGCCGGGCCGGGAGGGAGGUGGGAGCAGCGCCAUGCCGCCGGCCGGGCUGCUGCGGGCGCUGCGCCGCAACAAGACGCUGCGCUACGGGCUGCCCAUGAUGGUACUCAUUGUCGGAGGUUCCUUUGGGCUCCGGGAAUUUUCUCAAAUCCGAUACGAUGCCGUGAAAUGUAAGAUUGACCCAGAGUUGGAAGAAAAGCUGAAAAGAAAUAAGGUGUCUUUGGAAUCCGAAUAUGAGAAAAUCAAAGACUCCAGCUUUGACGACUGGAAGAACAUCCGAGGCCCCCGGCCGUGGGAAGACCCCAAUCUCCUCCAGGGCCGGACUGCAGAAAGUCUGAGGGCCAAGCCAGCCUGACCGUGCUCGCCCGGGCCAUCCGCCCUGCCGUCUGAAUGCCGCCGAUCUCAUCUCCCUCUGCCUCAUCCCGCGUUGACGGCAGAGGAAAGCCAACCCAAGAGGGACCAUCCGGCCGGCCUGACCGAGGGGAAUUGUCCCGAAGCCAAGCAGCUUCUAACCCUCUACCAACCAGAAACGGCUUUUUGAGCAAGCAGAUUAUGCACCUUAAUUUUCAAUUAAAAUCUCUGGGACAGUGAUAACAA